GGAGAGCGGAAGUACGCGGGGAGAUGGCGGCGGCGGCGGCGGUGCUGAACGCGCUGGGGUACAGCGGGCAGCUGCUUGAAGAGGGUGCGUUGGCGCAGGGUGUGGAGGAGGGAGCCAGCAGUCAGCAUUUCACAGCCGCCUGUGCCUGGCUGGUCUCACAGCUGAAUGAGGUCAGCCUGCUGGAGGAACGCCUCACUCCAACCACAGGACCCGCGGACGCAGAAAGCUUCCAGCUGGAGGUGAGUGGGCUGCUGAGCGAGCUGUACUGCCCCUACCCCUCCCUCACCACAGGGGACCCCACCACCAGGCUGAACGACAGCGAGCGCUGCCUCCAACUGCUCGUGUUCCUGGGCUCGGAGCUGCAGGCAGCCAGACUCCUGCGGUCCAAGCGGCAUCCACGUGGACAACACCGAGAGCCGGAGGAUGCUGGUGGCGGUGACGGCAGUGCCCAAACCCUGGGGGAGCUGCAGGCACUGUGCCAAGCGGUGGGCGUUGGCAAACCAACACCGGGCAUCCCCACAGCUCAGCUCUUCACAGAACUGGAAGAUAAAAUCCGAGAAGCCAUCGCAGGCUUGCCCGAGGGGACAGUGGGAAAACCGCUACUCAGCAAGAGUCUGGAGCCUGCCCAAUGGGAACAUCUGGAGCAGAUCCAGCAGGCCAUGUGCGUGGAGUACGAGUGCCGCAGGCAGAUGUUGAUCAGCCGGCUGGACGUGACCGUGCAGUCGUUCCACUGGUCCGAGCGAGCAAAGCAUCGCGGGGCGGCGAUGGGUCAGCUGUACAACCCCCUGAGAAGUUCGCUGUGCCGCAAGGCGGGGGUGACCCUCGCCCACCUACUGUCCGCCCGGGAGGACCUCUCCAUCAUCACCAGAACCACCAGCCGGAGUGUCCGUGAGAAGACUGCUUGUGCCAUCAACAAGAUCCUGAUGGGCCCGGUGCCGGAUCGCGGGGGGAGACCUGGCGAGAUGGAGCGGCCGAUGGCCACGUGGGAAGGCAGGAGAAGUGGGGGCGAACGGAGGGAUGGGGGCGACCGGAAAGACGGGGGCGACUGGAGACAGGAGAAGCGGAGAGGAGGCAAGGGGCGUAAGCACUGA